CUAAAAGUAAUGCGACUGUGAAUGAAAAUCAGUGACUGGUCCACGCCAUGCUAAGAGGAAUUGUUGUCGUUGCAUGCACGAGUCAGCUGUAUCAACAGUUGGAGAAUGCACCUAGACCCAGCAAUGUUGAGUCCAGUCACACCUUGUUGAAAACGGGCAGGAUACAACCAUAAGGUUUUCUAGAACCAGCCCUUCACAGAAUAUCUAGCUACCUCGUACCGAAAUGAUAGCAGAGAGCCGAGGAACCAGACUCAAAAGGUUUUCGGGAGACAGACCCUUCAAGGAUACAAGCUUAGAUGAUGAAGGUGCAAUAUGAGAGCGUGUGUCGUGUGUAAGUGCAACUUGCCCGUACUAGACUGUGUUGCACGCAUUUCCCAGAAAGGCAGAUUAAUCAUUGUCAUGUGAUAGUCGCCACAUUACGGCGGCGUCAAUCAGCUCUUUCUCGAAGGAUGAUAAGAACGUGGUCUGUGUGAGAGAAAAACUCUACAAGAAGAAGAAGAGUGUCGGCAUGCAACAUGACCAAAGUCCGUCGUCGUCGUAACCUUCCCGGCGUCUUUUUCUGUAGUCGCUGACUCGCUGAGUCACUGUCCGCCGAAACUUGUUGCUGAACCUGAACACCAGUUGGGUUUCGAGAACGAAUCGAUAUAUUCGUGACAGGGGCCGGACGUCAACGUGUCUCCUACGGGAGAAGUCGCGUUUGGCAUUGAGCGUCAUUUCUUGUUUGUUGAAAUUGAUAACGGGGGAAGGUUCGUGGCAUCAAGUCCCGACCGUAGCAACGUUCAGUACCGUCUAAAAAGCACCUCAGUGGCGUGGCUGGGAUGAUCUUUGCUUGUCACUUCGGUGGCCGCGAGUUAGACUCUCAGGCAUUCAAUUGAGGGUUUCUUGAACCUCGUCGCCUUGCACUACUAGCAAAGUACUCCUCAUUGGUUCUCUGGUCUUGGAGUAAUGACCAACUAUAAGCCCUUACAGCAACGGUCAACUUAAGUUGUAGUGAUAAGUGAUUUAAAGCUUUAAGUUGCUUUAAAGUGUUUAGUGAUGUCAACUUGAACUUUAUAUCAAAUUUUAAUAAAGUGUGACGUGAGUAACAGAUCUGUGUCUUUUCUACAUCUCAUCCCUGUGGCUUUGAAGAAAACGGCAGCUACAUUAGUUCAAGAAAAUCUCGUGAUUGAAAAUGCAGGAAUCUAGCGAAGUUGCUGGGUCUAUAGUCAGUGAAGAUUGUCUCGAUGAAGUGAUACAAGAGCAAAUAAAAACUUUGAAAAAUGCCCAAACUGCUGCUCUGUCUGCCGUGACCAAAAGAAGAAAUGAGAUCUUUAGACUAAUGGAUAAUUGUGAUAAUCUUCACCUGGUGAAGUCUGAAGUGAUUAUUUUGUGCAAAUUACGUGAUAAAUAUGAUGAAAGUUUUCAGCAAUAUGAGAAGCAUUUAACAGAUUCCAGUGAACGAAACACAGUAAAUAAGAGGCAUUCAGAAAAUACAGCAUCUAUCGAUCGUUUCAUUACAGAAAUGAAUAAUUGGGUCAAGGAAAGUGAAUUGCAAUUAACUGCAGACCUUGAUAGAAAAAGUCUUUGUUCCUCAUCCACUACCAGGACCAAGUCUAGCAGAACUAGUGUAAGAUCUGCUCGCCUCAAAGAGAAAGCUAGACUAGCAGAAUUGAUGGCUCAACAUGCUAUGAGAGAAAAAACAAAAGUGAUGGAAGAGCAAGAACUCAGACUUAAGCAGGAGAGGGAAGAACAAGAAUUUAGACUUAGAAAAAAGAAAGAACAAUUAGAAUUAGAAACAAAAAUUGCUAUGUCUCAAGCAAGAGAAAGAGUUUAUGCUGAAGCUGACAAUAUCUCGGAUAUCGUGCCAAAAGAUACUCCUUCCCCGUUGAAUCCAAAUGUAGACCCGUUCCAACCACAACCUUCGGAUAUAACAGUAGAUACUCCGCAGUUGAAAGCGAACGUUCCCUGUAGUUCUAGCCAUUGUCGGUUCCCUGAGCCAAAUCUUGAUAUGCAACUACAGUCCCAACAAGAGAUGUUCCUGAAGACACAGCAACACAUGACUGCAGCAAUGUUGCUUCCAAGCAUAGAAGUACCAAAAUUUAAAGGUGAUCCUAUUGAGUUUGCCACUUUCAUGAUGGCAUUUGAUGCCAGAAUUGCCCCAAAUGCUUCGGGUGAUGCUGACAAACUGUACUACUUGGAUCAGCAACUUGAAGGGGAAGCCAAAGACUUGAUAGGUGGAUGCUUGUAUAUGAGUUCUUCAGAAGGAUAUACUUCAGCUAGGAGUUUGCUCAGUCAAGAGUAUGGCGAUCCCUACAAGGUGUCAAUGGCAUAUAUUAAGAAACU